AUGAGCAACGCUAUUCUCCAAGAUAAGCGUUGUUUCCGCAUCGGGAGUGGUGACUGGGUCGAGAAGUACAAUCUUCAAUUAAGAAUGGAAAAUACGAAAGCCAAGGCCCCUAAUCAUGAGGAUAGGAUUGAAAUCCUCAUUGCUGAAUUUCAUCGAUUGUUCAUUGCGGGCAGUUGGGAUACUGUCCGGCCUGCAGUCAGCAUCACUAUCAGAUCCUUGAUCCUGAAAGCUUUCAUUGAAGGCGGUAUGAAAAAGACGGACGCUGAGAGUGUAAAGAUGUACGAUAAAGCCCUGGCUAUCCUUCGCUGGGGCAGGGAACAGUGGUGUGACAUACCCCGAGAAGAAAGAGGUACGGCUUGGGCCGAAGACAGGAACUCGAUCGAGUUUACUUUGAAAGGUCUGCUGGAGGAAUCCGACAGUAUCAUUGACGAGAUACGAAGCGGUCCAGCCGGCAAUUCUAAUCUUGCAUUCAACAUGGCAUUCUACGAUUAUAUUGAAGGAAGUGCUCUUGCGAUGAAGGGCUUCUGCUACAACCACAUUCCUCGUCAAGGAAAGCUCGGCAGUGUCGAUAAGAUUCUUGAUUCCUUGAAGCAGUCAGCCAAAUGUUAUUUCGAGGCCGCUGAAAAAUUCCCUCAAGAUGACGAGCUUCAUGGUGGUUGA